AUCACGCGUCUAUUUCUAGCCCAGGCUGCCAUGUUGUCUGCGAGGUAAAUGUCCGUCCGUCCCGGAGGCAGAUCUUGCGGCGCUGAGUCACGGUCCUGCUGUUUGCACGCCGCAGCUCCCGGGGCUCUCAGGUUCACCGUGUGGCUUAAUUAGGACAUCCCGGAAGAGUCGCCGGUGCUGCGCGCAACGGAGCGACGGGAGGCAGGAAGGGGACCGCAGGGCAGCAGCAGCAGCAGCAGCAGCAGCAGCCACACGGACACGGAUCCGUCCCGGGAUAUUGACAGAAAACUACUAAAACGUUUACUGCACGGCCAGAGGAGGGAGGUUCGUCACCAUGGAGGGAUUAAUGCAGCGGCUGGAGCGAGCUGUGACUCGACUGGAGCAGAUGUCCGUCACGAUGCAGGCGUCCAGCGGCAUGACUAAUGGGGACUGUGUCAACGGCAUUGAUGGAGCUCUGUCUCAGUGUGUGGAGGCCUUCGACGUGCUGCUGAAGGGUCCGGUGUCCGAAUAUCUGAACAACAGCCGAGCUAUAGGAAGCGAGGUGGAGAAACACGCGGAGAUGGUGAACAAAGCCCUGCAGACUCAGAAAACUUUCCUCAAGAUGGCUUCAACGCACCAGGAGCCUGCACAGAACGAGCUCCAAGACCUGCUGAAGCCCAUUUCAGAUCACAUCCAGGAGAUCCAGAGCUUCAGAGAACGAAACCGCGGCAGCAGCCUCUUCAACCACCUGUCAGCUGUCAGCGAGAGCAUCCCCGCUCUGGGCUGGGUGGCCGUGAGUCAGAAACCAGGUCCCUAUGUGAAGGAGAUGAACGACGCCGCCACCUUCUACACCAACAGAGUGCUGAAGGACUACAAGGAAACUGACAGACGUCACGUGGACUGGGUUCGCUCCUACCUGUCCAUCUGGACUGACAUGCAGUCCUUCAUCAGACAGCAUCACACAACAGGACUGGUGUGGAGCAAGAGUGGCCCGAUUGCUCCUGCUUCUCUCUUUGACUCCCCCCCGGCCCCCAGCGCUCCCUGUCCACCGCCUCCCCCUCCUCCCCCCGGACCUCCUCCGGUCUUCACUGAUGACGACUCCGAGCCUCAGGCGGACAGUGCAGCAGCUCAGCACUCUGCGCUGUUCGCCCAGCUCAACCAGGGCAUGGACAUCACUAAAGGUCUGAAGCAUGUCUCGGAUGACCAGAAGACCCACAAAAACCCCAAUAUUCGCUCUCAGACGGCGGUGGCAUCUAAUAAAAGCAAAAAAGCCGGACCUGGGAACUCACCUAGACCGGCGGCCCAGAAGAAACCCCCCCUGCUGGAGCUGGAGGGGAAGAAAUGGAGAGUGGAAAACUUUGAGCAGAAACAUGACCUGGUGAUCGACGACACAGAGCUGAAACAGGUGGUGUAUGUCUUCAGCUGCAACAACUCCACCGUGCAGGUUAAAGGCAAAAUGAACUCCAUCAUCAUAGACAACUGUAAGAAGCUGGGCCUGGUUUUUGAGAACGUCGUUGGGAUUGUGGAGAUCAUCAACUCCAAAGCUAUUCAGUUACAGGUGUUGGGUACAGUUCCCACCAUUUCCAUCAACAAGACCGAGGGCUGCCAGGUCUAUUUGAGCAAGGACUCCCUCAAAUGUGACAUCGUCAGUGCCAAGAGCUCUGAGAUGAACAUCCUGAUUCCAGAGGGAGAAGACGAUUACAGGGAGUUCCCAGUCCCAGAGCAGUACAAAACAGUCUGGGACGGCUCCAAGCUGGUGACAGAACCCACAGAGAUCGCAGGCUGAUUGCUACUUUGAGUCAUCAUCGCCGCCAGCACAGCAAUAAUUACAUAUUACAUAUACCCACCUUACUACUCAGAUAUAGAAAUGGGAAUUUACAAGCCGGCACUGCAUCUCAUUAACUUUUAGUCCACUCCUUGUUGCUGUAUUGGUGACUUCGUGAGAGGUUUCUUAAGCACUUUGAAGCUAUCGACUGUAACGAACAAAGUCAGUAAUAAUCUAGUCUACAUAACACAACCCCACACUGUAGGUACUUGUCACAGAGACGUAGAAAUAUAAGGAUUAUCUCAGGUUUAAGUAACACAAACCUACCACAUUUCUUACAUUUCUGCACCUCAGCAAUACUUGUAUUGAUGUAAGAGUAUGUAACUUUUGAGACUUUAGAAUUCUCUAUUUUCUCUAAAUGUUUCAGGGUUAGUAUAAUAACAACUUUACUCUAUUAUUCAUUGGAGACUUUCUUUGUAUUAAUGCAUUUUAAACCAUAGCAGCAGCAUAUUAAAGGAAAACUAAAAAUUACACAACACAUACAACCCUCAGUGGCCAAGCAAACAAGUCUAUAUGGUGCAUUUUCUAUCUUAUCAAGUGCACGUUAGUUACUUCUAUUAAUGUGUAUAGUGCAUGCCAGUCAAGUAGUAAUGUUUCACUUAGUGAGUAAAAUAUAAGCAGUAUCGAUCUCCUUAUUUUAGAGCAUUCAAAUGAAUCAACUCAAAUGGAUCUAAAAGGGUCAGAUGUGCUGCAGCUGCUCAAUAUAAUUAAAUACCCGCCUACUAAUUUCUUUUAUGUCAUAACUAAUGGGCAGUAGUGGUAACCUCCACACUAGAGGUACUUCUUAUUUCUAUAUUACUGCAUAUACCACUCACUUUUGUAUUAAGAUGUAGCACCAGCAUAGGGCAGAUAAUGACAUACAACAGUAAUACUUUUCAAAAACUUUAAUGACAUGAAAACCAUUCAAUGUAAUUGUGUAUCCUUUUUCAAAUAAAGUAAAAAUCCCCCAUAUAUAUAUAUAUAUAUAUAUAUAUAUAUAUAUAUAUAUAUAUAUAUAUAUAUAUAUAUAUAUAUAUAUAUAGAGGAUGAUAAACUGUAUCUCUAGUUUGUGUAUUCAAGAACAGAGAUAUUUCAGCUUUUCACCACUAAAAUCCACAUUUGCUCGAUUAUAUCCAUACAGGGAGACCUCUGGAUUCACAUUUAAAAGAUGUUUUUCAGUGCUUAAUCACCACAUUUCCUUGAGAGUCUUGAGUAAAGAGCAUCUCAUCCUUUUCUUCUUCCUCCACCAGAGAUUUAUAAGCACUAGUUCUCACAAUCCCAGUGCUUACAUUACUCUGAUCUUUAAGUGGACUCCUGGUUUGCAGACCUCUGUGUGCCAUCACCCUGAAGCCUUCAGAGUCCUGAGUAAACAACAUAGACAAACUGUCCUCAUCCACCUCUCUGCUCUGCGGCUGUGCAGCUCGUUUUUUAAGAGGAGAGCUGCUCGGUUUUGUCCACUUGAUCUGCGAGUCGAGGCUCUCUUCUUUUGCAGCCUUUUUCCACAGCUGACUUGUGUGUUUUCGAGGUGAAGCAAUUUUUGGUUCUGUCCAUUUAUGAUUUGAAAGAGGUCCAGAAUGAGACAAAGAUGAGCGUUUAAUUGGGGAAUUAGACGACAGUGACCAGCUGUUUUCUUUCUCAUCGUCCGUCUGAGAAGAAUGAAGGUUUUUGAAGCAUUUUUGAGUUGAUGUUCUCUCUUCAACAUCAACUAGAUUUUCAAAGUUCACCUCAGUUUGUAGACUGUUAAGGAAACUUGGCUCUGAGCUGGAAACGUUCUUUGCUGCAGCAUAUUCCUGGUUAGUUGGAUUAAAUUCACCUUCAGAAUACUGACUGCAGGUGAACAGUGGGUCCUGACUCCACGCCUGUAGAAGAGGUUCACUUUCACCUGGCAAUGAGGAGGUAUCGGUGAGCCUCCUCUUACUCUGUGGUGGUUUCCACUCCUCAGACUUCUCUUCAGAUUCACAGGACAUGUUUUGUGAAGGUGACUGACUUGCUGCCUGCUUCUGCCACAGUGUUUCUUCCAUCUCGGUCACAUUUUCAUUCUUCCAGUCAUGAUCCACAGCAGGCUCAGAAUAUAUUUCACGUCCUCGUUUUUUCCCACAUGCUACGGUUGCAGAUGUAGUUGAGGUACAUGAAGACAAAGAUGGGUCGAUGUCAGGUACUUCAGAAACUGAGAUUUUAUUGAGGACUUUUGGAAGAAAGAAUAAAUAAAUAACAUUUUAAAACAA